AUGUCUUGUUUGUGGUAUGCAGACAUAUCCUUUAAUAUUUGUAAAUUAUUUGUAGAUUUAAUGACAGGUCCUGUAAUGUCUUCACCCCCUUGUCCAAGUUCCCUACCUCUAGAUGCAUUAGGUGGAAAUAAUGUUAAUGAGGACAAUGAUAAGGUACAAGACAAAUCGAGAUUAGAUUGGGAAUCUAUGGUACUAUGUGAUUUUUGGGAGGAGGAAGGUAGUCGUGAUGUUGUUAGUGAGAUGCAGAUGUUUUCUCAACUAGGAUUCAACGAGGGGGAAAAUGCACAGGAUAAUACAAGAGAUGAAGCCGUUUUAGGUGGUACAAGUAAUUUGGAUCAAUCGGAGCCUAUUAAUUUUGGAGACAACACUAUAGACCAAACAUUUGAAGACUAUCUGCCAAAUGAGAAGAGGGUCAUGUAUGAUAAAAUGAAUCCGUCAAUGCAACCUGGUAGUUUGUUUCCUAACAUGAAGGAAUUUCGAAUUGCUAUGAGGCAGUAUGCCAUAAAGCAUGAGUUCGAGCUUGGGAUCGAUGUAACUUCGACUACCAGAUACGUCGGAUAUUGUAAAGGUGGUGACUGCCCCUGGAGGAUUUAUGCAAGAGAGGAAAAGAAAGGAUUACCGACCAUUGUGGUUGCUGUAUUGCAUGAUUCGCAUACUUGCACAUCUAGUGGAAGGAGGAAGACGACUACACCAAGUUGUGGAUGGGUAGCUUUUCACGCGUUGCCACUACUUAUGAAGAAACCAAAUAUGGGUGCUAAGGAAUUGCAAGAUACACUCCAAGGAGUUCACAAUGUCACUAUUGGUUAUGACACAGUUUGGAAGGGGAAUGAGAAGGCAUUAGAAGAGUUGUUUGGCAGUUGGGAGGAGAGUUUCAAGCUACUAUUCUCGUGGCGGGAGGCAGUACUGGCUAAGGAGCCUGAUAGCAUUGUAGAGAUUGAUGUGGUUUUAGAGGAUGAGAAGUACUAUUUCAACCGUUUCUUUUGUGCCCUAGGGCCGUGCAUCUCAGGUUUUAGGGAUGGUUGUAGACCAUACCUAAGUGUUGACUCGACUAACGGGAGAUGGGAUGGGCAACUUGCUUCAGUAACUGCUGUCGAUGGGCAUAAUUGGAUGUAUCCUUUAGCAUUUGGGUUUUUUCAAUCUGAGACUGUUGAUAGUUGGAUUUGGUUCAUGUCACAAUUGAAGAAGGCUGUUGGCGAACUUGAAGUACUGGCUAUCUGUUCGGACUUGCAGCACUAGUACGUGUGGAAACUCCUAGUUCUCCGCCAAGGAGUGUCAAGUGGCUUGUUAAGAAAAUAACUCCUAGGAAAAACUUUAAGCGUGCUGCGACAAGGGAAUAGAAACUUGAAGCUAGUAUGUGUAUGAUCAGCUAGUAUGUGACACAAGGACUGUGUAUGUGCUCCCACAAUUUCUAUUUGUUCCAUUCGAGAAGACAGUUUGUGCUCCCAGACUUGACUGUGUAUUUGUGCUCGCAGAAACAUGUUAUGUUCACAUUAUGUCUGUUUGCGCAAUGACAGUAUGUGUCAGUGUUCCGAUAAUGUGUUCCCAGAAUGUGUAUUUGUUUCUGUGUUAGUGUUCCCAGCUAGUAUUUGUGCUCCCAGUCUGUAUUAGUAUUUGUGUUCCCAGAAUG